CACCAGAGACUCUAGGACCCAGCGAGUCUCUUCCCUCCUCAUCAGGCUCCCUUAGUUCCAGAGCUCAGUGAGCGGUCUCAGAACAGAGUGCAAAGAGAGAGAGAGAACGAGGGAGGGAGAGAAAAAAGCCAAGUGAAUGUUAGAGUCCACUGUGGUCACUGCUGAAAUACUGAAUCUGAGAGAAAUGGAGGGAUUAACCAGUCGGAUUUAAAAAUCUGGAGCUCAUGCGGAGGCAGCCAAUCGGGACGAUCUGGAUUAAAAGGUUUGUGUGUGAUUGAUCAUUCUUGCUGUAAUCUAUCAGGGCUUUCUGUUUUGUCAGGAGUCAGCCGGCGUGCAAGAGCGUCCGCGGGCAUAUAGACGCUGCUGGGAGCUCCUGGCUGGAGCCUUGGUCUAAAUGGGUCCGGUUAUGCCUCCCAGUAAGAAGCCGGAAAGCUCCGGGGUCAGCGUCGCGAGCGGCCUGAGCCAGUUCUAUCAGGCGAGCUCCAUCACGCGCGCCCUGCAGGAGGCCGAGGAGAUGGACCUGGCUCUUCCCACCAUCAAAUUGGAGAAGGGCAGCAUGGAGGACGAGGAACUCACCAACCUCAACUGGCUCCACGAGAGCAAGAACCUGCUCAACAGCUUCGGUGACCCUGUGCUGAGGAGCGUCAGCCCCGUCCAGGACUUGGACGAUGACACCCCACCCUCCCCAGCCCACUCGGACCUCCCUUAUGACGCCAAGCAGAACCCGAACUGCAAACCUCCUUAUUCCUUCAGCUGCCUCAUCUUCAUGGCCAUAGAAGAUGCCCCCUCCAAGAGACUGCCAGUUAAAGACAUAUACAACUGGAUCCUGGAACACUUCCCUUACUUUGCCAACGCCCCCACGGGGUGGAAGAACUCGGUCAGGCACAAUCUGUCCCUCAAUAAGUGUUUUAAGAAAGUGGACAAGGACAGGAGUCAGAGUGUCGGGAAGGGCUCCCUGUGGUGCAUAGACCCAGAAUACAGACAGAAUCUCAUCCAGGCGCUGAAGAAGACGCCUUACCAUCCUUAUUCCCAGGUGUUCACCACGCCUCCCACCUCUCCACAGGCAUAUCAAAGUAUGUCCAGUCCUCCAAUUUGGCCAGGAAGUCCCUUUUACAGAAAAAACAAGGGAGUCCUGCUACAAGUCCCUCAGGGAGUGAUUCAGAACGGAGCUCGAAUGAUGAGCCAGGGCCUCUUCCCAGGAAUCCGACCCCUUCCCAUCAACCCCAUUGUCAGCAGGACAGCCGCUGUCAGGUCAGUACUCGGAUACAGAAUAACCAGUGACGGCGAGCCAACCCUUAACUCUCCACUGGUCAGCAGCGACAACAAGGAUGACCACACCUACAGUUUUGCCAAAUCUUCCAGCUCGGAUGUCGAAGAAGAGGCCCACUGCGAUGGAAGCGAGGUGAGCUUCCACGCCAACGAGGCCGGCAGCGAUGCCGAGGAGGACGACAAGAGCAAAAUCAAGAAGGAGCCCAAGGAAUGGUCCGUGGAUGCCCUCGCUCUGGCCCAGCACAAGAAAUGGCAACAUUUGACGAAAGUCAAACAGAGAGUGGCCAGUGACACUCUUCCUCUAAAAAAGAGGCGCACGGAGAAGCCUCCGGAAAGUGACGACGAGGAGAUGAAGGAGGCGGCCGGAUCCUUGCUUCAUUUGGCGGGAGUCAGGGCCUGUUUGAACAAUAUCACCAACCGGACGGCAAAGGGGCAGAAAGAGCAAAAAUAAUGAACUGACUGUAUUAUAAAGAGAAAAAAAACAUCACUUUGAAUAGAAUUUACUAUUUUUUUCCAGGACAUCAGGUGAAUUCUACUGAUUUGUGGCAAUAUCAACAAUCACUUUGUUUUCCUAUUUUUAUAGGUAACAUUUUACUGAGGGUUCCUUGUUUUAGUUCACUUUUAGUUCAUUUUAUUGUGAUUUAUUUUUUAAUCUACGGAGAUUGAAGCCAUAGCCUUCCCUUUUUUAAGAUAUUAAGUAAAGCAUUUCAUUUGACUGAGAAAAAAGUGAUAGUAAAAAUUGUCCUGCCCCAUUGUCAUAGUUAAAGGGACAGUUCACACCAAAAUGAAAAUUCUGUCAUCAUUUACCCACCCUCAUUUCAAAUCCAUAAGACUUUCGUUCAUCUUUGGAACACAGUUUUGUUUUACACAAAUGAAAUUCAAUCAGAUCUGAAAGAUUUCUGUCCCUCCACUGAAAGUCUAUGCAACCAAAACUCUGACAUUUUAAAACAUUCAUAAAGAGACGUUCAAAAGAAAAAAAAUCCACAUAAAUUAAGUGGUUUAUUCCAAGUCUUGCUUUAUAUGAUGAACAUAUUUAAUUUUGGCUUUUAUUCACAUACACAUUAAGCAAACAGUGUUUAUAACAUUCAAAUUUGGUCAUAGAAGCUCAAGCAUGCUUGCUUGACACGCAAGAACCAAUGAGGUUCUUGAUUGUGUUUCUUCGGGAGACUUGGAUUAAACCACUUUAUUUUUUUAUUUAUGUUUUUUUUUUUUUUUGUCUUUAUGAAAGUUUUGAAACGUGAGAGUUUUGGCUGAAAAGACUUUCAAUUGGACAGAAAUCACUCACAUUUCAUUAAAAAUAUCUUCAUUUGUGUUCCAAAGAUGAGUCUUUGGGUUUGGAACCACAUAAGGGUGAAUAAAUGAUGACAGAAUUGUAAUUUUGGGGAGAACUAAUCCUUUAAAAACAUGACAACAAAUUGUGUUCUGCAGCACGUUCUGCAGUCAGAGUAGUUCUCGAGUUAGUGAUAAUUAUGGGUUAUAGUAAUCUCUGCUGUAAUAUAAGAUGUUUUAGAAGCACAGGGCAGUGCCAAAGACAAUCCUCAAGCAGUUUCUCUGAUGUCACUUCCCCUUGAUGCUCUGGUUGUUAAAGCAUCGUGUGGAAAACACUCAUAGUUGUCGUUUGGCUCAUAUGAAUCAUAGUUCACUGGGAUGAGAGUAAAGCCACAAGCUUUUGUCAUAGUGCUUUUUGGAGUCAAAAGUGAUACAUUUACCAAUAAGUCUCUUAAAACUGCCCACGUUUUUUUCCUAAGCAAUCAAAUUGAGUGAUAUUUUCCAUCUAAACAGAUAGUGGAUGGUGAUACUCUUUCUUCGGCACAAUGAAAAUGAAAACUCGGAGCUAAAGCUACAAUACCUGCCAAUUGUAUUUUAAUAGCAGAAAUGAAUGACUGUGGAGUUGUUUUGUGUUUGUUCAUUUGUUUACUUUUUAAAAAAAAAAUUUAUUUGAAACCCUCCUGAUGUAAUAAGCAAUUUCAUCCAGUCAGGAUAAACACUGUAUAAAAGUAACACUAGACCAUUUUCCUUUCUUAAUUUAAGCAAUGUAGCCAGCAGGAUUUUCCAAAUCGUGUUGCAUGGGUUCUGUAAAGAUAAAAGAAGACCGUUUAAAAAAAAAAUCAAAGUUCAUGUAAGGUAAAUAAUGUAUUUAGCAUGGAGCAUGAAUUAUUUUCAUAUAUAAAUAUGCCAAUUGGCCUAGUCUCUUUUGUUGUUUUUGUCGGAUUUGAUUUCCAUUUGUCGUCCUCAUCGCCUUUGUGUUGAAGCAGGCAUCUUUAACAAUUACCUUCUUCAGGGACAAACACUGACUGUUGGGAAACUCUCUCUGCAAUACGAGGACUGGGGCUCGGGCCGUCUCGGUCCACACUAGCGGCCGCCCCGAAUACCCACGAAUACCCGCUACGCCAAUGUCAAUGUCGUCAAGGAGAAGUUCGUAGUGAGUGUCGGUCCCCUUCCGGCUUCGUGCCUGCUUUACUUCCAUAUGUAAUCCAGAUGUGCAUGUCUGUGAUUUAUUCAGGGUCUUCCAUUUUGUUCCACGAGACUUUGGAUCUGCAGUUUUUUUUUCUUUCAUUUUAUUCCUGUAUUUACAUGUAGCACUGUUCAGGAGUCAUCAGUAUUGAUUCAGUUGUUCUCGGUACAGGGAGUCAGACGGUUAUUUACACCUCCACGCAUAUAUAUUUAAGCACUUAUAGACAAUAAAAACAAGUGAUACCAGAGCUCAGUGCAAACGUUUGUGUAUAUAUUUUCACGACCUCAACGAAUUGCACUUUUAUUGUUUUACGUAUAGUAAAAAACUUAAGGAUUCAGUGCCAAAGCUUGUAAUAACUCUACACCAGAGAUGGGCACGCAAGUUAGUGACUCAAACUCGAGUCGCAUUUAUAAUAGACUUCAGACUUGACUUCAGACUCGACCUGAAAUGACUCCAGACUUGACUCGAGUAAAAGGAAAAUUUUAAAAGCAACUCGAGUCUUUUAUUCUUAAAGGUGACGACAUAUCAUGAAAAUCUGACUUUUCCAGGUUUUAAGUGCUAUAAUCAGGACCCCGGUGCAUCU